AUGUCUUCAGUCCAGUUCACAGCACUGAUACGUCUCCCAUUCAUCCGCGGUGACUUUGAGGAUCCUCCACAGGCACAAUGGGAUGCCGAGAGGGACCGCCAAUUGUGGAAGGUCAUAUCAAAGUCUUCAAAGACUAGUGAUUUAAACUGGGUUGAGCUAGCCGACAAGUUUCAAGUUCCUCCGACCUUUCUUCUUCAGCAAGCAGCAUGGUUGUACGAGCGGCAUCUCGAUCAUGUUCGCAAUCAGAUGAAGAAGGUCAGCAUCUCGAACGCUGUUCCAUCAUCAUCGCCGACUGGUGGAAGCACUAUGACUGGUGUUGGUGGUGUUGCGAUGCGGAGGGGUGGCAGUGCCGGAUCUGGAGCUGGUAGAACCACGUCUGCAUUGGCUGGACGAUCGAAGGACAGUCCAAGUCUACGUGGUGCAGAGGUAACGACGCCAGCGCCUCCCCUCUCCAGGACGCCAUCUACGACCACAAUAACCCAAUCUCGAGCAGAUACUCAGGCGCCAGCUCGAACUCUGUCAACACGCUCCACCCGACGCCCCAACUUGACCAGUCGGAAGUCUGAUGAUCGCGCAAAUCCCCCAGCUGCACCACCCAGCUAUCGUAAUGACGAAGCUGCUUCUCCAGAGAUCCCUGAUUCCUCGUCUUCGAGCUCAUCAUCGCUGUCGGAUACUGAUCAUCCAGCCCAUCGAAGCCAGCUAUUUAAGCGCCCUCCACGUUUUCAACAAAAGAAACCUCGAGAACUUUCCACGUUCGAGGAAGGUGAUGGAACUCAAGAGACUGACGAUUUGGGCUCACAUGAGACAAGUCUACCCUUUGCGACGGCAGCUAGACCACGAGCCAGCAACAGCAAGUAUGCAUCAGAUGCGCGUUUUAGUACCGAUAGUAAGCCCGGGCAAAACGUGUUCCAGGCUGACCGCACGAGAAAUGCUCCGGCACCAAGACCAAAGUCUAUCGACGUGCAGUCACUUGCGACCACCGAGACUGCGUCGUCAAUGACUAGCUCUGGUGGACCUCCAUCAGCAGCAAAAAGCCCUAUGAGUCCGGCUUCGGAUCAUCGUGCAGCACUAGGCCGACUCGGCAGUCCACGGCGCGGAGGACCUCGAUCCAGGAUUGAAGGCAGCGAAGGCACACCUAGUAUGGGCAGCAGUUUCAGCGAUAUCGAUGAUGCGGGCAUCAGCCAAUCAGCCCUAGAGGAAGCGCUGUUGAGUAACAUGCAACAUGGGAGAAUGAGCACGCUUAGUCGCAUGUCGAAGUGGUAG